CUUCUCUUCCGGGUUUUGUAGCUUUGAACAGUGGGGCUUUCAGCAGGCCCGGAAUGUCGCAGAGAUAAGAAAAUUCUUCAUGUGUUGGUUAUUUCCACAGAAAGAAGAAAACGGCUGUCAGAGGUUGACUUGGUCCUCCCAUCUAGGCAUUCCCCAAAGAGUCCAUUUGUCACUGAAGGAAGCAUUCCACAUCACCAAGAGCUCUCCAGGAAAAUCUGGAAGAAGCUAUGGAGAAGUCUCAGAUGACAACGGAUGAUGGACAUCUCCGGCUCUUCCAGGAGCUCUCGGAUGGUGAGAAAGAAGCCACUAGGAACAGAAAGGCAAAAGUCCUGAAGUGCCUUGAGAGUCACCACAUUGCCUGUGAUGAGGAUAACAUGCCCAAUAUCGCUGUCCUAGGAUCGGGCGGAGGUCUGCGGGCCAUGAUAGCCCUUCAGGGAACCUUGGUGGAGCUGAAGAAGCAGGGCCUGUUGGACGCUGUCAUGUACCUGUGUGGGGUAUCAGGUUCCACUUGGUGCAUGUCUUUCCUCUACCACGAGAAGGACUGGACAGAGGAAGUGCAGAAAUUGGAAGAAGACCUGUGUAAUACACUUUCCAAACCUUCAGUUGAUAUUCAAGAGAAGUUUAAUAUUGCAGCACACGCGGCUGAAGAUGAACUCUUCUCUCUGACUGAUGUCUGGGCCUCUUUCUUUGUCUUGGAAACAUUGAAGCAGUAUGAUAAAACCAAGUUAUCUCAACAUGACGAUGACUCCAGAAAAGGGAAAAAUCCUUACCCCAUCUUUGCAGCAAUAGAAGCAAACCAAUUGCGUAAAGCAGGUGAAAACAGUCCAGGGACCUGGUUCGAAUUCACCCCCCAUGAAGCCGGCUUUCCUGGUCUGGAGGCAUUUGUGGACACAAAAUACUUGGGAAGCAAAUUCGAGGGUGGAAAGCUGACAGAAAAGAGGGAAGAGAAAAAUAUCUGCUACCUGCAAGGUUUAUGGGGAAGUGCCCUUGGAAGCAUGGACGCAAACAAGGAAUAUUUAAUAGACUUUCUUAAGGAAAUAUUCCGGAAACUAAGAGAACAUUGCUGUGCAGUAGGUGAAGCAGGAGGUCUACAAGGACUGCCAGUUUCUAUGCCUGUCAUUGGUACUGAUUACACUAGUGAACACUGUCAGGGUGUCCCCCUCCUCCUCCAGGAGCUUCACGUUCAUGCCUCAGCUGGGGAAGACUGCGAGGGAAUCUUCAGGCAUCUGAAGGAAUUCCUGCAAGAGGAGAACUGCAAGAAUUCCCACCUGAAGUGCUGUGAAGUGAGUGAGACCUGGGAUUUGAAGACCCGGGAAGAAAGAAUGGUGGUGUUGGCUGAACUCAUCUGGAUUUUUGAAAAGGAACUUGGAGGAUCAUGGCAAUUGUUAAGGAAAACCAUAGCCUUCCUCCUCUACUGGAUAUGGGGGUGCACCAACAACUUUCUGUACAAAAGUCAUGAUGCCCAAUCCACUGGUUUGACCAACGACAAAUUAAUCUACUUGAUUGAUGCCGGCAUUGCCAUAAAUUCUGCCUACCCCCUCAUUCUGCGCCCACAGAGGAAAGUGCAACUGAUACUCUCCUUCGACUUCAGCGCCGGGGAUCCUUUCAAGACCAUCAAGAAAACUGCCAAUUAUUGUGAGACAAAUCACAUCCCAUUUCCCGAGAUAGAUCCAGAAAAGUUUAAGGACCCAGAUCACCCCUCCGAUUGCUACAUCUUCAGAGGAAAGGAUGUUCCCACUGUCAUGCACUUCCCGCUCUUCAACACCAAAAAUUGUCCAGGUAAAAUAGAGGAGUUCAGAGACACGUUUACCACCUUUACUACACAUUACCCAGAGGAUGAUGUCAAAGAACUCCUCAAAAGAGCAAAGAUGAAUGUGUCCAACAACAAGGAGAAGAUUUUGAAUGAGAUCCAGCAGAUUGUGUCCUCCUCCACCAAGGAGUUUUAAAACCACAUUUCUGUUUGGCUCCUGAUAAUGAAGGACAGAAAAUCUGUGCCUGGCUCUGACUUGCAUAUUUCCCAAGAGGCUGUUCACUGUGACCACUUAGAACCUAAGUGCAGCAGGGAGGAGUUAGUUUCCCAGUGUUAGAUUCACAAAGCGAUUUAGGUACCUAACUGCCCCUGUAGGUGCCUGAGUCACAGAUUUAGGCACUCCUGGGGUUCACAAAAUUCUUGCUCAGCUGCCAGAGAACCCUGUAGUGCCUAAACUCCCUCAGCACCAAAGUUGUUUCAGUGAAAUUUCCCUGGGUGUCUAUGUUUCUGCCUUGGGGCAUGUGCACUGCAGCCGCCAUCUCAGUGUCCAGGGCCCUAAGACCCAGAGUGAUUCCCUACUUGGGAAAGACAGGCGUUCCUCUUCCUACCUCACCUGUGGAGCCUGAGCCAUGGUGCGAGAAGGAGGAAGAUGGCUUCCCUCAGAACUGUUAGCCCAGUAGUCAGCGUACUCACUUGGGAUGGAGGAGACCUCAGGUCAAGUUCCCUGGCUGCCUCAGGGGGGGAAGGGAUUUAAAGAGGCAUCUGCUACCUCUGAGGAGAGGGCCCUCAUCACUGGGCAGUGGGAAAGUGUAAUUGUUAUGGCGGCUUUGAGAGAGAGCGAGAGCAAGGGUGAGAAGCCUGAUGGCUGCAGCACUCCCCUCUGAGAUCACAGACCCGGGAUCUAGUCCCCCAGCUCUACAGCCCGCAGUGGUAGGCCCCACAGGUGAGCUAUGUGGAGGAACACCUGUCUUCCCGCAGUUCGUGCAUUGCUGUGGGGCUUAGGCAUCUGUAUACCUAGAGCAGGGCAGCUGUGUGCAUGUCCAGAGGCACCAAGGGAACUCUUACUGCCAAAACAUGGGUGUUGACUGAGAUAAGGCAUCUACAGGAUUCAGCGACAGCUGAGUGGGGGUUUGGUGACUCCCAGUGGGGCCUGAUGCUGGGCUUCUGGUGUGUAAUAUGGCCGCUAGGAGCCAAGUCCUUUUGUGAAUGUAGCUCUGGCUAUGGAAUAAUGAAUUUGGUAAAAUGUUCGUAGAUGUCUAGAUAGAUAGUAUGUGAUGAUUAUUAGACACAUAAGUAGAUAUACGGUAGAUAACGAUGAUCGAGCUAGCUAGCUAGAUUUAUCUACAAUACAUACAAUAGCUUGUGAUGAUAGAUAGUACGUGAUGAUUAUUAGACACAUAAGUAGAUAUACGGUAGACAAUGAUGACAUAACUAGAUAGAUUUAUAUACAAUAGCUUGUGGUGAUGGACAGAUUAAUAUAUAAUAGGUUAAGAUAGAUAGAUGGGGUAUAUGGGGAUAGAUAGAUAGAUAGAAUUUAUAAGACACAUACAUACAUGUUGGUUUGUCAGUGCUCACAUGGCACCACUCUAGGUUGACCAGACAUCCCAAUAUUCUUGGGACCAUUCCGAUAUUAGGGGCUUUGUCUUAUAUACACAACUAUUCCCCCACCCCACCAAAAACCGUAUCCUGAUUUUUCACACUUGCUAUCUGGUCACCCUACACCACUGUCACACAGAAAUUUACACUGUGCAGAAUGAUAAUAUUACAGCUGCCUGGCACACAAAUGUGUCUGCAAGAUUUCUCUGUGGGUUCUCCUAGUUUAGAAAAGGAAUGGAAGUAAGAAAGGAAUUUUGUGCCGAGCUGUGAUCCAUGAAACAGUCUCAUUAACACCCCUGGUAAAUGUGGAGUAACUUUACUGAAGCUGAUGAUGUUACUCUCCAUUUACAUGGAGGCUAGAAUCUGGCCUGUUAUUUAUAACGGUGCAUUUUUUAUUGCUUGUUAAUUUCCAAAUCAUUUUUUCUUUUGCUGUGUGUGACAUUAACAUUUUACAACACUCUUUCCUUCUGUGUGAUGAAUAUUAAAUAAAUAAACGAUAAUGUCCC